AUGCAACAAUUUUUAUCCAAGACCAUGCCAGUUAGCGUGUCACGCAAAAUGUUGGAAGACCUUAACAAAAUUAACGACAUGCCACCGCUCUCUUCAUCGCCUCAUUCAUAUUCCUCCUUACGUUCGAUAUCCCCGGAUCCGUUUGACCCAAGACAUUCAUUACAUAGACAACCGACAUUUUCUUACAUUCCAAUACAUAAACGACGACGUUCCGGAAGUCCAACCCUUAUACGAUCGAUAUCUUUUAAUUCAAUAUCAACUUCCGUUCCAAGUCAACUGAGCUUGCCUUCAGCAACAUCAAUACAAACGCCUGAUAGUGAAAUGCCAACGACUCCAACCUCAUUAUUUUCAUCAAUUUCCGAUCAAUCAAUGGAAUAUACGAGUUUCCCGAAUUUAGAAAAAUUUGCGGACGAAUGUUGGACUGAAAUUCGUGUUGAAGAAAAGAAAGAAAUCUCUACUGACAUCCAAAUGGAAUCUUAUGAUGAAAUGUUAGUCGGUGGUGUUCGUUUUUACUACACUUAA